GAGAAGCAUUGUUUGUCUACAGCGUGAGGCGAAAAAAUGAAAGCUAAUAAAACAGGAUGGAGAAUUUACGCUGUUUCUACACAUUCUGUGGUUUUACCUUGAAUGUUUUACCUACCUCCUAUAUCAGAUGAACUUUUUCAGUCAACGCCUGCAGCAACAUUGAGCUCGUGCGACAUGUCCACAGCAGUGCAGCUGAGUGCAGAUGAGAUCAUCACUGGCACCAAGCAAGUCAUUCAGGGGUUGGAGGCACUGAAAAACGAGAAUAACAGCAUCCUGCAGAACUUGCAAGAGACUCUGAAUGGAUUGAAAGAAGAUGAAGAAGUGCACCUGGUACAAGAGAAGACCUGCCUGAUCCAGAGGUCACUGGAGAUGAUUGAGCUAGGACUGAGUGAAGCUCAGGUGGUGACAGCUCUGUCUAACCACCUCAGUAUGGUGGAGGCCGAGAAGCAGAAGCUGAGGGCACAGGUUCGCCGUCUGUGCCAGGAGAACCAGUGGCUGCGGGAUGAGUUAGCCGGCACCCAGCAGAAGCUGCAGAAAAGCGAGCAGACAGUGGCGCAACUGGAGGAGGAAAAGAAGCACCUGGAGUUCAUGAACCAAAUGAAGAAAUAUGAUGACGAGGAAGCAGCGGAAGACAAAGACAGUGCGUUGUCAAGAGGAUCACUGGAUGAUCUUUUUCCAAAUGAGGAUGACCAGAGUCAGUUGCACCAGUCACGCAGCAGUGCGGCUGCAGCAGCGCAGCAAGGUGGAUACGAGAUCCCAGCAAGGCUGCGAACGCUCCACAAUCUGGUCAUACAGUAUGCUUCACAGGGCCGUUAUGAAGUGGCUGUCCCACUUUGUAAGCAAGCCCUAGAAGACCUGGAGAAAACAUCAGGCCAUAACCACCCCGACGUGGCCACUAUGUUAAAUAUCCUGGCCCUAGUAUACAGGGAUCAGAACAAAUACAAAGAAGCGGCCAAUCUUUUAAAUGAUGCCCUGACAAUCCGGGAGAAAACCCUCGGCCAAGAUCAUCCAGCAGUGGCUGCCACUCUGAAUAAUCUUGCCGUUCUCUUUGGCAAAAGAGGAAAAUAUAAAGAGGCAGAACCACUGUGUAAGAGAGCUCUGGAAAUCCGGGAAAAGGUGCUGGGCAAGGACCACCCCGACGUGGCGAAGCAACUGAAUAACCUGGCACUACUGUGCCAGAAUCAGGGCAAGUAUGAGGAGGUGGAGUACUACUACCAAAGAGCUUUGGAGAUCUACCAGACCAAACUGGGACCAGAAGACCCCAAUGUGGCCAAGACAAAGAACAAUUUGGCUUCCUGUUACUUGAAACAAGGCAAAUACAGACAAGCCGAGGCCCUGUACAAGGAGAUCCUGACCCGGGCUCAUGAACGGGAGUUUGGGUCUGUCGAUGGUGACCAUAGACGGGUGUGGGUAAACUCUGAGGAUAUGGAUGACACAAACAAGGGCAAAGUGCCCCCUGCAGCCAACCUCUGGGACCACAUUGAGCCUUCCAUCUGCUUCACCACCUCCAGUGAUAGAGCGGGACUUGCAGACACCAAUAGAACUCUACAGCUGAGACAGGAAGAGACUGCCACCAUCAAAAAGACAGCAUAUCACUUACCAAAGGUAGCUGACACCUUCCUCGACACAGCCCCCUGUAAACAACCCUAUACUUGCAUCUACCUGGAUGCUGGUGCAGUUAUCUUUGCGAAUGGUCCAGAUGGUUAUGAGGAAGUGAGUAUGGGAGUUGAGUGGAGCCGGGACACCCUUGGCAGUUUGAAACGCAGUGGCUCCUUCACCAAACUACGCGACUCCAUCCGGAGAAGCAGUGAGAAACUUGUCCGAAAGCUAAAAGGUGUCACGGCACAGGAUGCACGGCCAAAAAUGCUCGGGAUGAAGCGAGCAAACUCUCUGAAUGUCCUGAAUGUGGGCAGCAGGAUUUCUGGAGACACUUUUCAGCGCCCCACCAGUGGCCUGACCGAGUCGCGGACUCUGAGCAACAGCCACAGCAACCUGACUCGCCGUGGCUCUCUGACAGAAUCCAGCUGAAGGACAUGGACAUGGCACCUCGAUGCAUUGCAGUUAUUGGGGAGCCUACAGUCAUCAAUCAACACGCACGCACACACAAACAGACACACACACUCACACACACUCACACACACACACACCACACACACACACACACACACAGACUCACACUCUCUCUCACGCACAUACAUACACACACACACUCACACACGUAUACUCACACACACAGACUCUCACACUCACACACAUAUACACACACACUCACACAUAUACUCACACACACAGACUCUCACACUCACACACAUAUACACACACACACUCACACAUAUACUCACACUCACACAUACACUCUCACACUCUCAUACACACACACGCUCACACACACACACAAACUCUCACACUCCCAUUUCCUGCAGGGUCUGAGAUUCCAGGUAUAAGGUGCAGCCAAUCCCAAUUCAUUCUUUAAGGCAAUCCCAGAAAGUUUGUGGUAUAGCUCUUCUGUGUGUCUCCAUGGUACUUACAACAGUCAAACUGACCACCUGUUACUGUCUCUGGUGUACACCAAGUCAACAUCCUUUUCCUUCCUCUCUCACUGUGGACCGUUAUGUCCACAACUUUGAGUAUGAAAUAGCAGGAGAGAGCUUGGAUAGGUGAUCAAAUGACCAUCAUUGUUUAAGAUGUAUUCCAUCCCAUCGCCCACCUUCCCUUCUCUGUACAGUUAACCUGAACCUAGUCGGCAAUCAAUGUGAGCCUUUUAUUGGUAUUUCGCAGCACAAGGUGGAGUCAUUCAAUAUUUACACUCCGCAGUAUCCUCCUCCAGCCCUCCAUUCCAGCUGGACUCAACAUCAAUCCCGCUACAUAUUUUUCUCCAAAUCCCUUCUGUGGUGGGGAGAUCCCAGUGUCUCCAUUGAAUCUAGAGCAAGGCCGUGCAGGAGGGAAGUCACGGAUAGGGCUAAAUGAGAGAGUGAAAUGAGAUAGACAGAGUGAUAGUGAGAGAACCAGAGGAAGUUCAAAUUACAGGGACUUCAAGGGAGAGAGGGCAAGAUGAUCAUGCCGGGAUUGUGCUUGAGGAAUUUAUCCCCCUGUAUGGUCUUUCUACAGAGUAAUCUGUGCAGUACCUGUUAAUACAGAGUACUGUCCCUCGUUGAAACACUGUCCUGUUCCCAGUUCAUGGCGACCAUCCACAUUGCCUCUGUCUUGAGGACAAUCAGAUCUAGUUAGAGCUAUUUAUCGGCCUUCAGACAGUGCCUCAUCUUGCUGUGCUGUCCUGGUCAGACAUUACUCAGUAACAUAAUGUCCCUCUCCAAGUGAUUGACCUGAGAACCCUUGCAACCUCUGUGCAAUCUAGAAAAUUACAUUUCUACAGGCGUACCCCCACUCUGUUCAUCUCACAAAACUCUGGUGUUGGUCAUCUCACUCCACUCUGACCAUGUGUCUCUCUCUUCAUUAGACCCUCUAAUGUGAACUCCCUCAGUUUCUCUCCAUCAUUCUUUCUGCCUAAUCAUUUCUCUCUCGAUUUUCACCAUAUUGCUUUAACUUUCACCCCCUCUUUCAACCUGUUUCCUUAUCACACCAUCCUUCCAUCUGCCUCCCUUCUCUCUGUCUGUCUUCCACCAAUUGUGCUCUCAUUCCCACACUCCCCACCUCGUCCCCAUUCAUCACCCUCACCCUCUCCCUCCUCCCCUUCCCCAGACUCCCCACUCCAUCUCCCAUCCCAAAUCUCCUCACCUCCCCACACCCCCACUUCUCUCUCUGUAUGACUAUGCCAAAUGAAGUGAACAGGUCUUCCCUUUGCAGCAUUGACCCAUCAAAUAAUUUCCAUUCACAGACGCAGCAGCCAUAUGACUUCCUCCUGUCACGGUAUUGUAUUGUCCUGUGACUGUGUAGAUAGUAGUACAGGAGGGUACUUUGUCCAUUCGGUCUGACCUCCAGACACUUUUACCUCCCUGUUGCAUUUCCAUUCAGCACUUCUGUUCAUUUCCAGCUGCUCCCCUUACCAAAUGCAUUCUAUCCUAACCCCUUUGACGUAACCCCAGUCUUUUAAAGACACAACUUUCUCAGUGGGGUGGACAUAAUCCUGGCAAUACACCACCUGGGUUUCUAGGUCAAUAGUCUGUGUCUGCCUUGUGUAUGUUUGUGAUCUCAAUUGGUAUGGUGAUACCACUUAAAUGUAACAAUUAGUCUUAUGUUUUCUUCUAUAGAGGUGAUGUGAUGGAGGAAAUGGAAGCAGGAACUGCUGGUAAUACUUAGCAGGUCAAGCAGCACGUGUGGUGUGGGAAGUGGUGGUAACAGAACUGGGAAAAGUUGGAAACAGAGCAGUUUUCAGAUUCCAUGGAGAUGGGAAGGUGGUGGAGAAACCAAAAGAGAAAGUUUGUGACAGGGUGGAGACCAGGAAUAUGGAAAAUAUUGAAUCAGGAAUAGAACCAGGGUGAGACAUUUCACCCAUUUUGUUUGCUCCACUCCUCAGUGUCAUCAUAGCUAUUUCUUUACCUCAGUGCCCCUUUCUGCACCAACCCCAAAUUCCUUGGUUCCUUUAUCUAUUGAACCCCCUUUUGAAUACACGGCCCUCAAGUGGAAAAUCCAAAUGACAUUCUGUAAAUAUUUCAGGUUUCUGACAUCGACAGCAUUUUGCUGUCAGUGGCUUUGUUUAGUGUUUCCGGGGGACAGGGCAGGGAGCUUCCCCACACAGGCAGGGCAUCACUGAAAGCAUUUUCCCCUGUCUUCCAGAGAUCACUCAGGCCUAGGCUGCAGGAAUGUGGCAUUGCUGCAGUGACCAUGUAGGUCAAGUGAGGUGUCCCUGUCAUAGGUCAUGAAUAGGGUUCUCUCAUUGCAUGUGAGGGGUGUCAUGAGGAAGACCUACCAUCAAAGGUACAGUGAGGAGGGGGCUAGGUUUACCUCUGACACAGGUCAGAUGAGGAGGUACCUCUGACAUUGGUCAGGCAGGAGAGACCACUGAACUUUUGACCAAAAAAGGUUUAGUCCAUGGUAAAGUCAGUCAAGCAUCUGCCCAGCUGAUGUUCUGUCAGAACAGAGCAGAAAGCCAAAGCCAGGACCUACUGGCAACGGGAUGUUACCCAUGAGAUUGCAGAUGCUGGAAUCUGGAACACACGAUCUGCUGGAGGAAUUCAGCAGGUCGAACAGCAUCUUUAGGGCAGGGAAGGAAUUGUCAUCAUUUUCUCCUGCAAAGUUCCUCCAGAAGAUUGGGAUGUUACCCACAUCGGGCGCAAGGAAUUGUGGCACUUUGAGGAAAACACUGGGAGGUGGCGAUGGCAAAAGGAAGCACACAUCUCAGGUCAGAAAGGGAAGUUUGUACAAUAAAGUUUGCAAGGGUCUGCUGGAUUGGAGAGAAAAUUCCAUGUUCUCAAUGCAAAUUCAUGCCAAACUUAACAGUUUCUACACUUGUGGAACAGCAUCUGGAAAACUCCCACCCAGCAGACUCUGCCAUUAGCAGGUUUCUGAUUAAUUGUUGUUGUGUUCUGAACACUACCAAAUUCUACUGAAAACUGUGUGAUUUUACUGUUAUUUAUUGUUUGCAUUUUAAAUAAAAUGGUAUAAUUGAGAUAUUUUCUUCGGAUUUCUGUGAGGUGAAAGUGGAAGCUUGUUCU